AGAAGUAAUGAGAGAUGCAAGACUGACAGUUGGCAUAUGAAGUAGAAGUUUCGGCCUUAUCCUCUCCUUUUUCUUCUAUCUCACAUAACUCUCACCCACAAGUCUCAACCUACUCUGCUCAACUCUGCUGAAAAAAAAAAAAAAAAAAACAUGAGCUGGUGGUGGGCUGGAGCAGUCGGAGCUGCCAAGAAAAAGUUUGGGGAAGAUGAAGCUCCUACAAGCUUCCAGAGCGUCGGACUGGUAGUUGGAGUCACCGGCAUAGUAGGCAACAGCCUCGCCGAAAUCCUCCCACUCGCCGACACUCCCGGUGGUCCAUGGAAAGUCUACGGCGUGGCACGGCGUCCCCGUCCCGCCUGGAACGCCGAUCACCCCAUCGAAUACAUCCAGUGCGACAUCUCCGAUCCCCAACAAACACAAGCCAAGCUCUCCUCCCUCACCGAUGUCACCCACAUCUUCUACGUCACCUGGACCAACCGGAUCUCCGAGGCCGAGAACUGCGCGGCCAACGGCGCUAUGUUCCGCAACGUCCUGAGCGCCGUCAUCCCAAACGCGCCCAACCUCCGCCACAUCUGCCUGCUCACCGGAGGCAAACACUACGUGGGACCGUUCGAGAGCAUCGGGAAGAUCCAGGCGCACGAUCCGCCUUUCCACGAGGAUAUGCCGCGUUUGGAUGCUCCGAAUUUCUACUACACUCUGGAAGAUAUCCUAUUCGAAGAAUCGGAGAAGAAAGAGGGGGGUGGAUUGACGUGGUCGGUGCACCGACCCAACGUGAUAUUCGGGUUCUCCCCUCUGAGCUUGAUGAACCUAAUCGGGUCGCUGUGCGUUUACGCGGCCAUCUGCAAACACUUGGGGCUUCCACUGAAAUUCCCCGGAACGAAAUCGGCCUGGGAUGGCUUCUCCAUGGCUUCGGAUGCGGAUCUGAUAGCGGAGCACCAGAUUUGGGCAGCGGUGGAUCCGUACGCUCGAAACGAAGCGUUUAACAUCAACAACGGGGACGUGUUCAAGUGGAAGCAUUUGUGGAAGGAAUUGGCGGAGCAGUUUGGGAUCGAGGAUUAUGGAUUCGAUGAUGAUGGUGAUGAUGGAAAGAGGCUGAAGCUAGUGGAAUUAAUGAAGGAUAAAGGCCCAGUCUGGGAAGAGAUUGUGAAGGUGAACCAGUUGGAGCCCACCAAGCUUGAGGAAGUCGGGGUUUGGUGGUUUGCGGAUAUGAUGCUGAGCGGAGCGGGUGCGUUGGCUAGCAUGAACAAGAGCAAAGAGCAUGGCUUCUUGGGAUUUAGGAAUUCCAGGAAUUCAUUUGUUUAUUGGAUCGAUAAGUUGAAGUCUUACAAGAUUGUCCCUUAGAAAAUUCCCACCUGUCCUCCUUUGCAUGGGAUGUAUAUCAUUCAUUCCAUGUGCCCCAUAGAAUAAACAGUGGUCUUCUUUAUAUUAAUAAUAAGCACCAACAACACAUCAGCAGCUUUGUGUAUAAAAAAAAAAAAAAAUGAGAUUGAAUAUUUAUUUA